AUGAACAAAGAGGACUACACCAACAAAGUCGAUGAACUCUUGGGUGACAGAACUGCUUACACUCCUCGUGAAGGCGACACUACGAAGACGCUAAUAAGCGAAAUCAAUAAGGACCUAGCGAGUCUUCGGAAGUCAAAAGCAAUAACACAGCUUGACUGGUUGAGGAUGAAACCAAAGGAUUCAGCGAUCGCGAGAUUAUAUGGUCUGCCCAAGGUCCAUAACCCAGGAACUCCCCUACGGCCGAUUGUUUCUCUAAGAGGCACCCCAACGUUUGGCCUGGCCAAGUGGCUGUUCCAGCGUCUGAAAUUUCUAACCCAGGGUUCUGAAACAAGCGUCCACUCAGCCGAAAGAUUCAUCAAAAAGCUGCAAGGUAUACGACUCACAGAUGACGAAGUGAUGGUUUCUUUCGACGUGGUCUCACUUUUCACUUCCAUCCCACAGCAUCUGGAGGUUGAAACCCUGCAAACCUUGUUGGAAGAACAAUAUGACGAAACGGACAAGAAACUCAAGAUAAAACACCUUAUUGAUCUUCUGAAGCACUGCUUGAAGACUUUCUUCACCUUCAACGGAGCUGUGUACGAACAAGUUAAAGGUACACCCAUGGGGUCACCGUUAUCCAGCUUGAUUGCUGAGGCAGUGUUACAGCGACUCGAGGCACUGGCUUUCGACUACUAUCGACCACGACUGUGGAUACGGUAUAUCGAUGACACGUUCGUCAUCAUCAAUCGGGACAAGAUUGGGGAAUUCACGCAACACCUCAACUCGAUCUUCCCAGACAUCCAGUUCACGAUGGAGGAAGAAAAAGAUUUCCAGUUGCCGUUUCUGGACGUACUAGUUCAGAGAAAAGUUGAUGGUGCAUUAAAGACAACGGUUUACCGGAAGGCAACGAAUACCUCCCGUAUUCUAAGCUUUCUUAGCAACCACCCUCUCUCGCACAAACGGAGCUGCGUGAGAACACUCUACCGGCGCGUAGAAACCCAUUGCACCGAGCCAGCCGACAAGAAGGCUGAGGUCCAGUUCCUGCGGAAACUCUUCACAGCGAACGGCUACCCUGGAAAUUUUGUCGAAAAGUGCAGGCGAGAAACCCGGGGAAGACAACCGAAGGGACAACCAAAACCGAAAUGUUGGCGCACAGUGCCGUACAUAGCCGGUGUGUCAGAAGAAUUCGCUAGACUGAUGAGCGAAUUUGGGAUUGGUGUCGCUCACAGACCUGAGGCAACAAUACGCCGGCAACUCAUGCACCCUAAGGACCCAAUUCCCAUCAGUCAGAAAUCGGGGGUCAUUUACCGGAUAGACUGCAGAUGUGGUCAAGCCAAUUAUGUUGGCGAAACCGGCAAACAAGUACGCACGAGAUUGCACGAACACGAGUUGGCUGUGAGACGAAAAGAUAAACUCUCCUUGGUAGCCGCCCACGCCUCCACGCCUUGACACGGCUUCGACUUUAAGUGCGUCAGAAUAUUGGGCCAGUCGGACGACCGAGUUGCUCGCCUGCUGCAGGAAGCAUGGCAGUCAACCGAGGACUCGAUUAAUCGACAUAUCGAUCUGCCAAUCGCCUAUCAAGCACUGCGUGAGCAAAUCAGCAGCGCAGCUAGAGGUCACCCCCGGCAGAGGUGAGCUAAAUACACGAUGAGUUGUACAAUUUUUCAUUCCUUGACGAUGGGCUCGCGUGAGAGUUCGAAACGUCGGAUAAAUAAACGAUUGGUCCCAGCGAUCGCCUUCCCAUCUUCUUCUAUACAUACAUAUAUACAAUGAGAAAUCUGCAUGCCCGUGGUCUUCGAUGUUGCAGCCAAUGUAACUUAUUAAGUAGGGUAAGGUACUUGUUAAUUCUUUGGAGUCAUUACGAAACUCCACAAUGUUAAAGCAUCCAAAUUAGCACAAGACUGCUCCCCUCCACGACUGCAGGACACUGUGAUCAAUCAUGUAAAUUAUAUUGUGAAAUCGUGUCGUAACUUUGUGGUGUCAAUAAUUCCAUAAAUCUUUUAAAAGUGUCAGAGGCAAUUUAAAAGGCCUGAAGUACGCUGUGGAAUUUCGGUCACUGGACCACAGGCUUUGGUUGCAUUCUUUCCCCUUUUUUUCGAUUCAUGACACAAUACAGGACCUACUGCUUUUUUCUGUCGCAUCUGGGGGAUGCCCGCUGCCCAGUGAUGCCAUUUUUCUUCUUCUGCUAGUAGGAAUGAAGGACUGCUUUUAUUUCUCCAAUACGUAUUUUUGAUUUUGACCUAACUGACGAGCCUCGGAUGACAUGAGUCAACCUGAUCCCGACCGCUUAAUAAAGCAGUUGAUGGAAGUAGUCCGCACAUCGGAAGAUACCGCAAGGCAUUAUUUGUAAGCCUACAAUUGGAGCAUCGACACUGGCAGGGUGAGUCCGCUCACCCUGGCAGUCUGGAAUGUUCGUUCCCUUUUAGACAAUCCGAGGUCCAACUGACCCGAACGGAGGACUGCGCUAGUGGCACGAGAACUGGCGCGCUACAACGUGGACAUCGCCGCACUCAGUGAGACCCGUUUCUCCGAACAAGGCCAACUGGAAGAGGUACGUGCUGGCCAUACCUUCUUCUGGAGCGGUCAUCCCAGGGCAGAGCGACGAGACGCGGGCGUCGCCUUCGCCAUUCGGAACGACAUCGUGGGACGACUGUCCUGUUUGCCGCAGGACAUCAACGAUCGCCUGACGAGGCUCCGUCUGCCUCUGCGGGGUGGGGGCAAAUUCGCCACAAUCAUCAGCGCCUACGCUCCGACGAUGACGAACCCCGACGCCGUCAGAGACUAAUUCUACGACGACCUGCACACCCUCUUGGCGACUGUGUCGAAGGCGGACAAGUUGAUUGUCCUUGGUGACUUCAAAGCCCGCGUCGGCACAGACCAUACUGCCUGGAGAGGAGUGCUGGGUCCCCAUGGUCUCCGCGGCUCAAACGACAAUGGCCUGUUGCUCCUCCGCACCUGCGCAGAACACCGCCUCAUCCUAACGAACACGUUCUUCUGUCUGCCGGAGCGAGAGAAGGGCACCUGGAAGUAUCCUCGGUCGCGUCAGUGGCACCUGCCGGACUAUGUCCUCGUCCGGAGGCUAGAUCAGCGGGAUGUGCUGGUGCCGAAGGCGAUCGCGGGUGCUGACGGGUGGACCGACCAUCGCCGCGUCAUCUCGAAGAUGCGUAUUCGCCCACAGCUUCGCAGGAGACUACAAGCUAAGUGACCCCUAGGUAAGCUGAAUAUUGCCUUGUUUUACUUGCCCGAUCACAAUCUCCAUUUCAACAAUGAGCUAGCUUAACGGCUAGACAACAUUCCAAUCGCUGCUGCCGCCGCCGCCGCUACCGAGAACGCCUCCGUGGAGAACCGCUGGUGUCAACUGCGAGACACGGUCCAAUCGACGGCGCUAGCCGUCCUUGGUCGCGCACGCUGCCAACAUCAGGACUGGUUCGACAAGAACGACGCCGUCAUCAGUAAUCUGCCCGCCGAGAAGAACCGCCUACACAAAGCCUACGUAGAUCCCCCCAUCGAGGACAACAAAUCUGCUUUCUACCGCAGUCGCCGCCACUUUCAGCAACGACUGCGCGAGAUGCAGGACUCCUGGACUGCCUGCAAAGCUGAGGAGAUCCAAGGGUACGCGGACCGCAACGAAUAGAAGAACUUCUUCUCUGCGAUCAAAGCUAUCUACGGUCCGUCGAAGAAGGGCGCUGCUCCCCUCCUCAGCGCCGACGAUAGCACUCUCCUGACUGAGAAGACGUAACUUCUCCAGCGAUGGACUGAGCAUAUCCGAGGCGUCCUCAACCGCCCCUCGAUCGUCCGUUUGCCGCAAAUGGAGACCAACGUUGACCUCAACCUCCGCCAUCUCUCCAGGAAACUAUCAGGGCCGUGCAGCAGCUCUCCAGCGGGAAAGCACCCGGAUCGGACGCAAUCCCUGCUGAGGUCUACAAGCACGCAGGUCCCCAACUCAUGGAUCACCUGACUGCGCUCUUCCAGGAGAUGUGGCGUCAAGGUGAAGUCCCGCAAGAUUUCAAGGACGCAACUAUCGUGCACCUAUACAAGCGCAAAGGGAAUCGCCAAGUCUGCGACAACCACCGCGGCAUCUCCCUACUGAACAUCGCCGGGAAGAUCUUCGCUCGCAUCCUGCUCAACCGCCUCAACAACCAUCUGGAACAGGGCCUUCUGCCGGAAAGCCAAUGCGGCUUCCGUCGUCAUCGUGGGACCACGGAUAUGAUCUUCGCCGCCCGUCAACUUCAGGAGAAGUGUCAGGAGAUGCGGACCCACCUGUACUCUACCUUCGUGGACCUGACGAAAGCCUUCGACACGCUGAAUCGUGAAGGACUGUGGAAGAUCAUGCAGAAAUUCGGCUGUCCGGAACGAUUCACUCAGAUGGUGCGUCAGCUGCACGACGGUAUGAUGGCGCGAGUCACGGACAACGGAGCUGUCUCAGAGGCAUUCGUAGUGACCAACGGAGUGAAGCAGGGCUGCGUGCUUACGCCUACCCUCUUCAGUCUUAUGUUCUCUGCCAUGCUGAUGGACGCCUACCGCGAUGAACGCCCCGGGAUCCGCAUCGCCUAUAGGACGGACGCUCAACUUCUGAAUCAACGGCGGAUGCACUUCCAAUCGCGCGUAUCCACAAACACCGUUCCCGAACUUCUCUUCGCCGACGACUACGCCCUGAACACCACCUCGGAAGGGGAGACGCAAUGGAGCAUGGACCUCUUCUCUGCCGCCUGCGAGAACGUCGGUCUGGUCAUUAACACGCAGAAGACGGUGGUGAUGCAUCAGAAAAUGAAGAUGCGAUCACUGGACCAAGAAAAUUAUUUGCCUGACGUUUCGGAUUCUCACUCGAAUCCAUCGUCAGAGACAUUCGCAGAUAGACGUGAAGGUAUUGGACAGGACAGACUACAAUCAAAAAGUCAAAAGCUUGUUGGAGGGUCGUCAGUCCUAUGUCCCAUGCGAAUCAGACCCCAUGAAAAUGCUGACACGCGAGAUUAACGCGACGCUGUUGGCAAUAGAGAACUCAGGUGCAAUAUCGCCAAUCGACCGACGCAUGGCGAGAGCACAAGAAACGGCCCUAGCCCGAUUCUACGGUCUCCCAAAAGUGCACAAAGAGGGCGCUCCUCUCCGGCCUAUCGUAUCACUAAAGGUCACUCCAACCUACGUACUGGCAAAGUGGCUGUUCCAACGCCUCAAGUAUCUGACAUCCGAUUCGAACACCACAGUCAGCUCGUCAACGCAAUUCUUGGAGAAACUUAAAGGAGUAAGUCUCCUGCCAAGCGAUAUCAUGGUUUCCUUUGAUGUCACGUCCCUUUUUACUUCUAUCCCGCAGGACCUGGCAGUCGAGACAAUCGAACUGCUCCUACGAGGGAAGUACGACGGAACGGAGAAUCGCCUCGGACACGCCCAAAUCAUCCAGCUCCUGAAGUUCUGUCUCAAGACGUACUUUACAUUCGACGAUACAAUCUACGAGCAGGUAAAGGGAACGCCUAUGGGUUCGUCGAUUUCGAGACUCAUAGCCGAGGCGGUCCUACAACGACUGGAGUCGCUGGUUUUCCGACACCACAGACCGAAAUUCUGGGCUCGGUAUGUGGAUGACACCUUCGUCGACAUCGAACGGGAUCAGGUGCUGACUUUCAAAGAACAAGUCAACGCCGUCUUCCCGGACAUUCAAUUUACGAUGGAGGAGGAGGAAAACAAUCAGCUGGCCUCCCUGGAUGUCCUCGUCUGCCGCAAAGAUUGUGGUGGCCUAAAAACCAAAGUGUUCAGGAAAGCGACAAAUACGACGCAAAUACUGAACUUCAAUAGCAACCACCCGAUCAGUCACAAACGCAGUUGCGUAAGGGCCUAUACCGGCGCGUUGAGACGCACUGCAGUGAAAUGGAAGACAAGGUUGCUGAAUUACAAUAUCUUCGACAGGUAA